AUGCCGUUCAGAUCGCGUUGGCAUCUCGAUAUCCCAGACACCCAUCUGGCCUCGCUCCUGUUCACCUCCCCUUCUCAUCCUCUCCCGAAAACGCAUCGAUGUUUCUCUGAAGCAGCCCGCGCCGAGACGCACUACUUCACGACGCACGACUUCCGGCUCUGGAGUCAACGGUUUGCUGCUGGGUUACGCAAAUCGGGCCUUCAGACCGGAGACCGGGUCGUCCUAUUCUCCGGCAAUGACCUAUUCUUCCCCGUCGUCUUCAUGGGCAUCAUUAUGGCCGGGGGAAUCUUCUCCGGGGCCAAUCCCACGUACGUGGCGAGAGAGUUGGCCUACCAGCUGCAGGAUAGCGGUGCGACUUACCUGAUUUGCGCCGAGGGGAGUCUCGACACGGGGAUCGAAGCAGCCCGACUGGCAGGGAUGUCUCAGGAUCGAGUCUUUGUGUUCAACAAUGCGGUGUUUGACGGGCAGGGCAAAGGUCAGCAGGGCUGUCGCUAUUGGGGUGAGUUGAUAGCUUCUGCCGAAGAAGGAAGCAAGUUUGUCUGGGACAAUCUAUCGACGCCGGAAGCGGCCGGCCGCACGUUGGCGCUGAACUAUUCGAGUGGGACCACGGGGAAGCCCAAGGGCGUGGAGAUCACACACAAGAACUACGUUGCCAACAUGCUGCAGUACAAUUAUUUGUUCUACCUGGAUCCGGAGUGGAGGGUGAAAUCGGAGCGAGCACGAUGGCUCUGUUUCCUACCGAUGUAUCAUGCAAUGGCGCAGAAUAUCUUCAUCGCGGCGGCACUAAGCCGAGGGGUGCCAGUGUACAUUAUGCCCCGAUUUGAUUUCGUCAAGAUGCUCGAGUACACGGAGAAAUUCCGAAUCUCGGAUCUCAUCCUGGUGCCACCGGUGGUAGUCGCCAUUGCCAAACACCCUUUAGUGAAGAGUGGCAAAUACGACCUCAGCAGCGUCGAAAAGGUCUCGAGUGGCGCGGCCCCCCUAGGCAGGGAAGUUUGCGAAGAGGUCGAAGCUCUCUGGGAGCCCGGACGCAUCAACAUCAAACAAGGAUGGGGCAUGACAGAGUGGGUUUUGGCCUUUUCGAUGCUUCGAGACUCCCUCAGUGGCAACGCUGUAUGCUAA